ACCUGCCGCCAAAUCCUCCGGAGUCGUCGGAGAAGUUUCUGGUCAACCUGCUGGUAUCUUAAUCGGAGGCAAACAGCCUCUGCGAAGAUCCCCAAGUGCCCCCUUGCAGGCAGGGAAUCCCCAAUCUGCCAGACUUAAUGCUGAAUUGUUUAGAGGGACUAGGUUGAGGGGUGAUGUUGCUUCGGAUUCAGAAGGAAUAGAGCUGUUAGGAUUUCAACGCCUGGGAACGAUACCACGUGUGAGAUCUGGUAGUGAUCCUUCGUGUUCAUUAUCUGGUAGAUCUUCAGAGCACAUGAAUGUUUCUCGAAGUCACAACAAUUUAUACUGCAUGGACAACAAUUCAUCAGAAGGGUCUCCUUUGGGACAAACCAGUUCAGGUGAGGAUUCUCCAAUGAGGGCUCUAAGUUUAGCAGGAGAAUCUCCGACGGAGCCUCUCAGUUUUGAAAAUAUGUGCAGGCAACAAUCACAAGAUAAUGACUGGGAGCCCAUUUCUUUAUGUUCUGGAGGCCUAGAUGUCUCAUUAUUAACCGAAUUGGAACUUAAGAAGUUACAACCUUUGUUGUGGCUCGAAUUGGCAUCUUUGUUUGAUGUCCACAAUGUUGCUCUUGAUAAACGUAAACCGUUGAAACGAAAACGAAAAGAAGAGGGUAAUUUGUUUGGUGUGUCUCUGAACGCCUUGGUCCGUCGAGAUCAACAAGUUACUGGAGAAGACACUGCUUUGGUGCCUUUAUUGAUCCAGUGGCUUCUUGCUGAAAUUAGGAAACGUGGAGUGAACGAAGAAGGAAUUUUGCGAGUUGCUGGCAACAAACAAAAGGUGGAAUUAUUAAGUGCAGAGCUUGAACGAGACUUUUACAUCCGACCUGAGAAAGUAGCCCCACUUUUAUCCAAGGCUGGUCCUCACGAUUUAUCAGCUUUGCUGAAAAGAUGGCUUCGGGAAUUACCUCAACCUUUACUUUGCAUGGAAUUGGUGCAUCUGUUUUAUCAAGCCCAUGCCCUGCCACCAGGAACAGCCCAGAGCACAGGAUUAACAUUAUUAGCAUUAUUGUUGCCACCGGAACAUAGAUGCACCUUGCAAGCUCUUCUAAGUUUUUUUAUGGACGUUGUCAGGUCCGAAAAUAAUAAAAUGGAUUUGCAUAAUGUGUCCAUGCUGGUUGCGCCUUCACUUUUUCCACCCAGAUUUGUCCAUCCUGGUGAUAAGAGUGAUAUAGCUGCUCAAUUGCGUAUGGCUGCGCAAUGUUGUCAGCUGACUCAAACAUUAUUGAGUCUCGGAGACUCUUUAUGGGAAGUUCCACCUCAUCUGCUGUCUCAAGCGAGACAAAUGAGGAAGCCUGGACAAAAUAAAAGACAGUUGGUUCGAAAGAAGAAAAUGAGUCCCACGACGUAUUCCAAUAAAUACGGAUAACCAACCAAGUUUGUUUUUUAUACAUAUUUAUAAUAAAUGUUUCUAGUUUCUGACCAUUGACAUAAUUUAUAAUUAAUUACUAUUGCCCGAGUGCAUUUAUUUCAUACACAUCACAUAUGAAAAGUAAUUUAUGUGUACUUAAUAUUUAUAUUA